CUGGCCAGGGUAUAAAUAGGUCAGACCGCUGGGCUUUCCCCACUCUUCCUCUCUCCCCAACCCUCUCUCCUCAGCGCUUCCUCUCUCUUGGCCUGAUCCUGACUGCCACCAUGGCGUACCCCCUGGAGAAGGCCCUGGAUGUGAUGGUAUCCACCUUCCACAAGUACUCCGGCAAGGAGGGUGACAAGUUCAAGCUCAACAAGUCAGAGCUAAAGGAGCUGCUGACCCGGGAGCUGCCCAGCUUUUUGGGGAAAAGGACAGAUGAAGCUGCAUUCCAGAAGCUGAUGAGCAACUUGGACAGCAACAAGGACAACGAGGUGGAUUUCCAGGAGUACUGUGUCUUCCUGUCCUGCAUCGCCAUGAUGUGCAACGAGUUCUUCGAAGGCUUCCCCGAUAAGCAGCCCCGGAAGAAAUGAAGGCUCCUGAGAUGCGGGUGGGGCCUGCCAGCUGGGGUCUUCUCUGUUGGCAGUGGGCAUGGUGCCUCACCUUGGCUCCUCCAGAUGGGUGUAUGAUGCAGAGCAAGUUCAAUAAAGAUUCUUGGAAGCUUUGA